GCUCAGAUUAUCGCCGACAAGACGCUCACCUCGCUUCGGACUUUGUGUGCGGCAGAAUGGCUGGGCAGAGAAUUUCAGCUCGUUUCCAGCCUGCACUUGGCUCGGAAAACCAGGAAGCAAGUGGAAUCUGCUCGCGAUUGGGCGGAGCAGGCGAGACGGCAGCUGCAAAUUUUGGGUGACAAGUAUCUUGAAGCAGAGUGUUUACCCUCCUUGGCAACGUGCUUCAUCCAUUUGGGGGAUGACAGCAAGGCCGCUGAAAUCCUCAAGGACCGGCGCCAACUGUUUCGCGAUGUGGGUGCCAGAAGCCGUGAGGCACAGGCCAUGCUGGAGCUCGCUGAGGUUCUAACGCGCGAGCAGCUUGUUCGUGUCGAUAGCCGCGCUCGUCGAUUCAACCGUGAUGCGUUCCAACUGGCAAAUGAUGCGAUGACCGCUUUCAGUGACGUUGGGGAUGAGAUUGGAAUGGCGAGUGCUCAUUUGGCGUUGUCGGACAUCUACCUUUCACGACAAGAGCCGGAAGAGGCGGAAGCGGAAGCUUGCCAAGCUGAGAAGAUGUUCCGGCAAGCUGGUGAGCCGAAGCAGGUCGCCAAGGCUGUGAAAAAGGUGGGCAACUCAUGUUGCGAGCAGGACAAGCCCGAGGAAGCUGCAAGAAACGCCAGCGAAGCAGUUGUCUUUUGUAAGAAGGCUGGAGACAGGUAUGCGCUGACCGAGAUGCUCAGCUGGGAAGCUCAGAUGCAGGCGCAAGUCGUUGGUAAGCUGGUGGAAGGAUUGCAGGAGAAGGAGGCUCAGAAGAUUGUCUUCCGGAGCUUGAGCAAGGUCAUGACUCCUGCGAAAGAUGGUGUUCUCUUGGCUCGCAGACUACAGGACAAGGCAGUCAUUGCCAAGACGCUCUUCGUGGUCGCAGAGGUCGAAGCAAGCGUGGGCAAGUGGGACCAGGCGCUGGCUGCCACAGCCGAGGCCGCUUCGCUCAGCGAGCGGAUCGGGGACAAGACCACGGGGGCGAAGGCUCUGUCCCUCAGCUCGGAGCUGCACUUCAGGAAGAAGGAGCCGGCGGUUGCCCGAGAUGAGGCCGAGAAAGCCUGGAAGCUGGCCAAGGACUCCAUCAGCUCGGAUGCAAAGAGGGCGGCUGAAAGGGCCAUCCGUCGUGUCGGCAUUAGCCCACAGUACGACGAGGAGUAG